GGUAUUCUUCGAAUUUGAAAUGAAAUGAAAUGAAGUGUUUGUAUUCAGAAAAUAAUAUAUCAAGAUUUUUUGUGUAUUUAGAUUAAUAAUGUUGACGUAUUUGUAAAUAAAUAUUAGUUAACUAAGAACCAAUAAUACAUGCAAAAUCAUAUACACAAAUCAAAAACUUACACCUUAUUUAAAUUGCGAUGGCUGAAAGAUACAAUCGGUUUCAUGAAAAUCGUGAUUAUGAGAGCAAGAACAUUGACACCUACGAUGAUGGUCUUUUGGAGUUGGAGCAAUCCUCUAUGGCUCAACCAAUUCCGGAGGAUAAUUUAGGAUAUCAGUUACUACAGAAACAAGGAUGGAGUUCUGGGAAAGGCUUGGGAAGAACUGAACAGGGUCGCCUUGACCCACUUCCAAUUGUGAUGAAGGAAGACAUCAUGGGCUUUGGACGAUGGGAAAUGGAGAUGGAUUAUGCAGAUGAAACAACUGAAAAAAGAAGAGUUUUAGAAACUGAAAAACAAGAUACUGUUGAAUUGCAACAAAAGUAUAAAGCUGUGCAAGAAAAAGAGAAAGCUGUUCAAGAAGGUUUAGCUAGUUUAAAGGCUAAUUUUUACUGUGAGUUAUGUGAGAAACAGUAUUACAAAUAUCAAGAGUUUGACAAUCACAUUAAUUCUUAUGAUCAUGCUCAUAAACAGCGUUUAAAAGACCUCAAGCAAAGAGAAUUCGGCCGUAAUGUGGCAUCUAAGUGGAGAAAAGAAGACAAAAAGAAAGAAAAAGAGGCCAAACGACUGCAUGAGCUUGCAGAAAAACGUGCACAGCUUGCUGAAAUGAGGGGUCCAAUUGAAAUGGGAACUGGUGAAAAUUUCAUACCUGGAGGUGGUUUUAUGAUUGUUGAUGAAUGUAUUGUUCAGCAACCUUUACCUAAAGAUGAUGGUGAUUGUACUUAUUCUCCAACACACCCAUCUGAAGAUGUUAGUGAUCCGGGUGAAGAGCUAAUGGAAGACAGUAGGCAUUCAGACAAUCCUUACUCUAAUUUAAAUUUUGCAUUGGACAACAACUUGAAUUCCUUUGAUUCUCACAUAACAGAAGAAGAUCAACAAAUCGAUAAUUCCUAUCCUAUUGAAGAACCAGAACCUAAUUCCGAUUCUGAAAGCUGCCAAUUACCAGAACCGUUAUCUUCUAACGCUGAAUUUCCUGUACCAGAUGAAUUGUGUGAAGAGGAAAAGCCUCCUCUUGAAGAAAUUGAGGAAAAUCACGUAGAUACUUCUGAGUGGUCUGACCUUUUCCUAAAUACUAUUUUUUUCUCUCCUGACGAUGUGGAUUUGCCACCUCUUCCUGGAAUGUCUCUUCCUAUGGAAGCAGAACCUCCUUGUACUGUUAAAUUAGAAGAACAAGACAAAAAUGAGCCUGUCUCUAAAAACAUUUUAGAAAUUCCGGUUGAAACCAAAGAGGAAGAAAGUGUUGUAGAAAGCAUUCAGUCAGAUUUGAAUCUACCUCAAACUGAAGACACUUUUGUACCGAAAUCGCUAGUCUUGCUGGGGAAAGCUUUAGCUCGAAAAAGACUUAUGGCAUUUUCUCAAAGUUUGAAGUCGAAUGCUUCUAAUUCUGAUUCUAAUUCUGGAAAAUCUAGUGCUCUAUCAUUCAGUUUAUCUAAAAAAGCCAAUCAAAAAGUUAGUGCGGGUGUUGUUGCAGUUUUUAAAGAAGAGGAAGAAGAUAGUGGUAUGAGUAAAGAAGACGAUGUUCAGGCUGAAGAACCACAAAAAGAGACUGAACAAAAAGCUGAAGAUGACAAUCAGCAAUCUUCUUCAAAAUCUGAAGUAUCUGAAUACCCUAUUCGUCCACCUGAAGUAUUUUCCAAGAAACCAAAUUUUGGAUUCCUAAAGUUUGUAAAAACUGAUAUGAUUGAAGGCUCUGAAAAAAGUGCUGGUGAAAACAGUCCAUCAGAAAAGUCUGAUGAAAAAGUGCGCGAUAGUAAAAGCUCGAGUUCUAAAAAAAGAAGAUCUGAUGAGGAAAAUUUUAAAAAUUCUGAUCGAAAUUAUAAAUCCCGUGAGAGAGAUAGGAGAAAAUCUCUUGAACGACGAGAUAAGUCUUCGGAGCGUAGGGACAGAUUAUCAGAUAAGAGAGACAGGUCUUCAGAACGAAGAAGUAGGCACACAGAAGGAAGUUCAAAAUACAGAAGAACAGAUUAUUAUGAUAGAAGGAGAUCUCCUAGCAGAGAAAGAAGACGAACUCCUGAAAAAGAUAAACGUUCUUAUGAAAGGCAAAAAAGGAAAAGGUCUGUAGAAAGAGAGCAGAGAUCACCACAUGAAAGAGAACGAUCAAGAAGGUCUGUAGAUAAAGAGCCAAGAUCACCACAGGAAAGAGAGCGAUCAAAAAGAUCUGUAGAAAAAGAGCAGAGAUCACCACAGGAAAGAGAGCGAUCAAAAAGAUCUAUGGAAAGAGAGCGACCAAAAAGAUCUGUGGAAAGAGAGCGAUCGAAAAGAUCUACGGAAAAAGAGCAGAGAUCGCUACAGGAAAGAGAACAUUCGAAAGGAUCUGUUGAAGAAGAGCAGAGAGCAUUGCAGGAAAAGGAGCAAACACAGCCAUCUUAUGAAGAAGAGCAGAGAUCGUCACAGGAAAGAGAACAACCAAAACCCUCUCAUGGCAAAACAGAUGAUAAAAAGGAUCUUAGUAAUAUUCGAAAUAAGCAUUCAGAUUCUAAAAACAUUCAGAAAGCUGAUUUAGACAGCAAAAAUACAUUUGAAGUUAAGAAGAAAAUUAUUGAAGAGGCACAUAAAACGGUCAUGGAAUUAAGUGAAGAUACUAAAACAAGCUUAACAGAUGUAGAAGCUGAAAUCAAACACACAUUUGAGGAAGAGAAAUCAGCUUAUGCAUUUGCAGGAUUUUCUUCCAGUUUUGUGGAAUUAAAAGAAGAAAGUUCAUUAAACAGAGACUGCCCUAGUGUUAAAGCAGAUUUUGGCAUAAAAAAUUCUGUGGACCCUCUCGAUAAAGAGAAUUCUCUUGGAGAUUCCAAUAUAUCUUUUAAAAGCAACCAUUCUAACGGUAGUUCAGAUUUGUCUCAUACUAUUAGAGAAAAAAUUAGUAGCAUUAAUGAUUAUGCUAAAUCUAAACAUAGUAAGAAAAUAGCAUUUCCAAUAAAAACUGGUAAUAAAUUAAGUAGUAAUGAAAACUCAAAGCAAGAUGAUGACCAAAAUUCUGUUAAUUUGUCUAGUGUUGUUGAAUUGCAAAUGACUGAUGAAUCUAAACCCAGUAAAAAAAGUUCAGCAAAGAAAUCUGUUCAGGAAGAAACUAUUCAUGAUCUUACUUCUAACGAAUCACCUCAAACACAAUCCCAUAAGCUGAAAAAAGCGAAAUCCAAAGCUGUACCACCCGUAGGGAAAAGUACUAAACACCCCAAAGUGAAAUCCAAGAUUAAAAAAUCAUCACAUAGUAAAAGUAAAACUGAUAAAUUUUUGAUGAAGAUGCUAAGAAAUAAAACUUUCAAGAAGUUUUGUUCAGAAGCUGGUCUCGACAUCACUGAUUCUAGUACAAAAUUUGAAGACACUAUUCGUGUGAUGUACAAAGUGAUGAAUGAAAAGAAAAAAAAGAAGGAAGUUGUUAAAACCAGUUCCUCCUCCAGCAGCAGCAGUGAUUCAGAUAAUGAUAGUAGUAGUAGUAGUUCAAGCAGCUCUUCUGAUGCUGAAAGUAGCUCAUCAAGUAGUAGCUCUUCGAGUUCUAGUGCUGAAGAAAAGAAAAAAAUUAAAAAGAAAAAGAAAAUUGCUAAAACUGCUAUUCCUACUGAAACUGUAAUUUCUGAUAUUCCAGAGAAUUCAAAAAGCUCUAAAUUGUGUAUUGAUUCACCAAAAAAAGAUGUUGCCACUGUUGUUCCUAUUCCUGUAAAUAAAGUUGUGAAACUUUCUUCUGAUAAAAGUGACAGAAAAAAUAAGUCCAUUGUAGAAUCUUUUGAAAAUUCUAAAGAAAAACUAGAAAUCGAUGAUAAAAUUACAUUGCAAAAAUCCGAAAGUAAAAUCUCUACACAAUGCGACUUACCAGACAAAUCUGAGGAAUUAAAAAUACACGAAGAUUGUGUAACUAAAACUACAGACGAGUUUGAUUCCAGUGUAACUAUUAAACAAGAAGCCACUGUUGAAUCACAUCAUACUGAAGAUAGUGCAGCAAAGAUAGUUACACCUACCUCUGUAUCAACGCUUAAAGAUAAUGUGAAAAUAAAAAAGAAGAAAAUAAAAGACGAAGUUUCCGAAAAACUAGAAACUGAGUCUAAAAAGAAGCAUAUGAAGCAUUCUGAUGAUGGUGCGAUUGAAAAAACGAAACUGAAAAAGCAAAAGCAUGACGCAGAGAAAGAACAUAGUAAAAAAGAGAAAAAAUUAAAAUUGGAUUCUAAACUGCAUAAUAAAGAAAAAAAGUUGAAGCUUAAAUUCCAUGUACGGUACACAAAAACAAAGCCACCAAUUCAGUAUUGUUUUAACAGAACUACUGAAGAUACCAAAGCUGUUUUGAGUAAUUCCAGCUCAGAGCAUAGUGAUGCUUCUCCUCCUGCUAUUAAAUCAUUGUCAGCUCUUGAUGCUCUGAAGACUUGUUACGCUCAAGUAGAGAGCCCUACUUUGAAAUCACUAAAGUAUGAUACAGAUUCGACUGUUGAUUCUUCGACAAGCUACAAAAGAAACUUAAAAAGCAAAAAAUCAGCUAAUAAAGCUGAUCAAGUUGGUGUGAAAGCUGAGAAGUUGGAUUUCACUGCUGCAAGUUUGACUUCAAAAGAUGUUAAGGUUAAAGAAAUCGCUCCACCUAUAAAAAUCAAAUCCAAAUGGGACACUGAUUCAGACAGUAAUUCUGGAAUGGAAUGGAGUCCAGAGUCAAAUAGUAAUUCUUUGACUGUUGAAGAAACCAACCCAGUUCAGGAGAAAGAUCGACAAGACAAUAAAGCUAAAACUGAGGAAAGUGAUAAUCAUGAAGGUUCAAGCCAUGCUUUAAUUGUGACUGAAGAUAAAAAAGACUCAACCGUAGAAAAAAUUUCUCCUCAAAUAUCACAUGUUAGUAAUUCAGAAGAAAUAAAAGAUGAACCUCAAAGUCUUCUUCCAAUACCGACUGAAGUUCCUGAUGCUAAACCACUCAAGACACUAAAAAACAAUGCUCCAAUUGAUAUUAAAUCCGAAAGUUCACCUAAUUUGAUUGAAACUUCUUGCCAUAAGGAUGCUUCAUCUUUGAAUUGUUUAAAACAGGCAUCCGAUUCAUCUGUUGUCAAAAAACCUGAAUCGUCCAUUAUAUUGGAAACAGAUGAAUUAUCAGAAAGUCGGAAUUCUGAAUCAACGAUUCAUAAUCAAGCUAAUACUUCAGGUGAGAGUACUGUUCUAAAUUCUGAGUCACUUGAAACAAAAGAACCAUUGUCAAGUGAUUUGAACUCUGAAUAUGAUGAAUUUAUGAAAUUGCUAAACUUAAACGGAUCUGCUGGUGAUAUUAAUAUAUCAAAAAAUAUUAGUGCAGAUAAACAUCCUGUUAAGUCUUCAGUUGGUAUUAUUUACCGUCACGCUAGUAAGAUAAAAGGUGAAAUAUUUCCUUCAUUAGAUACUAUUCCAAAAUCUACAAAUUCUUCAGUAACUAUGAAAGCACUGGUUGAAAAUUUGGAAGAAAAGAAUUGUUCUACUGAGCCAAAUGUAGAAAUUAAACAUUCUCCAGAAUUUGCCGAGAUUGAACAAGUUAGUAAUUUAGACCAAAAUGAAAGUAAAGUCAAAGAUGAACCGAAUGAGCAUCAGGACAAUGAAAUGAUCAUUGAACAAUUAGCUUCUGAUUCAGUUACUAUUUCUAAUUUUGUUGAUACACAAGAUGUAUACUUCAAAGUAGGUGGUGAAUGCAUUCCUAGUCAAGAAAUGAAACAGAUUCAACCAACACUAAAAAUCCAGUCAGUAGACACUGAAAAUCAAACUUCAAAUGUUAUAGCAGAAUUUGUAACUUUGCCUAACUGUGCUAUGAUUGAGCAAGAAAGCAUUAAAAAUGAAGAGCUUAAAGUAGACGACAUGCCUUUUCCAAUGAAUGAAGAUACAUCAGAUUCUUGUUCAGCAGUUCCUCUGUCAGACCAGCUAUCUAGUUCUUUUCAGAAUGUAACACAAUUUAAUGAACAAAACCAGAGUGCCACACAAUCUGUUGAAGAAAAGAAACACAAGCGUAGUAAACGAAGCAAACACUCGAAAUCUAAGAACAGGUAUUCUUCUCCUCCUCCUCCGCCACCACCGCCUAAAAAAGAUAAGACACAAUUAUCAAAAACCAGUGCAACAAUUUCUGAGAGUGUUACUAAAGAAAAUGUCAUCAUUAGUAGUGAUAAUUCUCAAGUUUCUAGUCUUACAAACAGCCUAAACAACGAUCAAAUACCCGCGAUGAAUGCAUCACAAGAUGUAUUUGCCCAGGCAGAGGCACAGUCUCAUUGCAUAACUCAAACUGAAAAUAUCUCUAAUAAUUCUCCAUCUCUGAAUGUAAAUAAUCUUACAAAAACUUAUUUAGAAUACAUCCAACAAUUACAGUUACAACUAAUUUCAUCUGGAUUUACGAAUUCUGGAGGAGAGAAUGCUUUAGCAGCGCUAUUGCAAUCCUCUCAGACAAGUGAUGUUGCUAAAAUGCUAGCUAAUUAUGUGAGCAUGAGUUCUGCUCUCCUUGCUGUCAAUGCAAAAAGUGGUAAAGGAAUCAUUUCACCUCAGGAUAAAGCUGUCAGCAGCUCUGUAGUGGAUGUUUCAACAGCAUCGACAUUGGAUACCAGUGAAGCUGUGUCUUCAUCUGCUGAAAUAUCUGAUCAAAGUUUAAUAAGUCCUUGUAAUGUUCCUCUUUCUAAAAAACUAUCAAGUACAGAAUCUAGUUCAACUAAUCUUGAAAAUAUUCUCGUUUUUUCUUCUGAAAAGAAAAGGAAACACAAAGAGGAGCAUAAUAAUGUGUCAGGUAACCCCUUAAUUGCUGUUGCAUCAUCCACAUCAGCUCCUUCUGGCUUGAUUGCUCCAAAAGCUGGUAUUCUAGUGACACCAUCUAGAGAUUCUGACGCCCAACCCAAAAAAAGUGUUACCUUUGCUGAUGGUAUACCACCUACUAAAGAUUUAUUUGUUGGUGCCAUCUCACCGCCACCCCCUCCUCCACCUCCGAAGGAACGUAGACAUAAAGUGAAAGUAAAACAUAUACGUAAAGUAGAGAGGGCGAGCUCUCCACCUCCUCCUCCACCACCACCACCGCGGUCACCUCCUCCACCACCGCCUCCACCAGGGAAACCAAAAACAGCUGUUGCUGUUCCAGUUCCUCAAACAACAGUGGAUGCUUACCAGCAAUUACAGACAGUGCAGCAAUUGGCGUAUUCUGUUGGCCAAGUGCAGUGCACUGUUAAUGCACAAGCUACAGCUUAUACUGUGCCUUAUGCUUAUUCUGGCAACUAUCCAUUGUACACUGCUGCUCCCCAUCAUGCUGUUCCACCACAGUAUUCUUACCCCCCUCCUCCUCCCAACUCACAAGUUUACGUAAAUCCUCCCAUGCAAGUACCAUAUCCGUAUCCACCACCAACCGCAACUCAAUUGCCUGGAUAUCCUAUGCCACAGCAGCCUCCCGGCCCUUCCCAACAAUAAUGUGCAUUUUUCUUUAUUUGUGAUAUAUUCUAGAAAUAAAUAAUGAAUCAUCCGACUACUAUGGUUUAAAUACUCAUUCAAUCAUCAGAAAUCAUUGUAUCAUAAUUUGUUAAUAAAUAAUCCAUUUAUCAUUCAACCAUCUAAUUAAUUUUCAUGUCUCUUUUCGCAAUAGAUUCACAUCCUGUACAUUAUUCAUAUUCUCAUUUUCGAUGUUUGCAUAAUCGUUUGUUAUCGAUGAUAAAAGUAGCUGUGUGGUGAUAUAAUCGAUUUUUUUUUUUUUUUACUUUCGUAUGCUUUACGUAUUGAAAAAUACAAUCAUAUGUAGUAUUUUUCACAAAUUGCUACUUUAAAAUAAGUGUUAUUAAUAUUAUUCAAAUGAAAUUUAAUUAUUGCAUGCAUUAUGUAAUUGUCACUUUUAUAACAAAUGGUAUAUAAGCUUUUGUUUUAAUAUUACUGUCAUUUUUUAUUAAUGAAAUUGCAGUAAGCUUUGAAAAAAAAGAAGAGAGAUCAGUUAAGUUAUUUCAGUUGUUAUUGUUUGCAGUAUAAAUCUGCUUUUUGAAAGAGAAACACAAAAUUUAUGAUUGGUUUAUUGCUUUUUGGAUUGGCAUUUGGUAAAAAAAUUUAGGGUUUUUGGUUUGGGGCUAUUAGUCAAGAAUAAUAAAUUAGUUUUCAAAUGACAAGGAACUAAUAUUAGGUUCAAUAAUAGACACUAUCUUUUUAUCAUUGUUUGAAUUUAAAAAUGUAUUCCUGACAGUUAUUACUCUUGACUGGAACUGUUAUUGGAAUCAAUAGUUAAUACUGUCUUUUAUCUUUGUUUAAAUUUAAAAUAUAUUACAGACAGUAUAAGUUACUGCAAUUGUUGAUUUUAAAAAAUUUUACUGAUUGUACAAGUCACACAAAAAAAUUGGUUUUGUUAUUUUUUAUUGUAUUGUAAAGUAUUUUUUUAGGGCUAACUCUUUAUGUUAAAUCUGAAAGAUGUAUAAUUUGUUCCUUGCAUGACUUUCUGAUUUUAUGUUCUACACAUUUUAAUUUUUUUUGUACAGAUUUGUUUGAUUUAAUAAUAAAUUGUGAUUAGAGUGUUA